UGAGGGCAGCGGCCUCUCCCCUUGUUUGCUCUGAGAUAGCCAGUCUCGCUGCUACCCUGCACGAGGAGGCUUCCUCUUGGGCGCUGCCUUCCCUCGCUCAGGCCCAGACCCAGACGCCCAGACCCACCCCCAGACAGCUGGACUCGGUCAUGGCCCGGCUUCCAGGGGGACCCAUCCUCUGCGGGGCCCUGCUGGGCUUUGUCUGCCUGGGCGGCCCCGGGCUAGCCGUGGAGGUGAAGGUCCCCGCCGAACCCCUGAGCACCCCCGCGGGCAAGACCGCAGAGCUAACCUGCAGCUACAGCACGUCGGUGGGAGACAACUUCGCCCUGGAGUGGAGCUUUGUGCAGCCUGGGAAGCCCAUCUCUGAGUCCCACCCCAUUCUGUACUUCACCAAUGGCCAUCUGUAUCCAACUGGUUCUAAGGCAAAGAGGGCCAGCCUGCUUCAGAACCCCCCCACAGGAGGGGUGGCCACCCUGAAACUGACUGAUGUCGACCCCUCAGACACCGGAACCUACCUCUGCCAAGUUAACAACCCUCCAGAUUUCUACACCAAUGGGUUGGGGCUAAUCAACCUUACUGUGCUUGUGCCCCCUAGUAGUCCCUUGUGCAGUAAGAGUGGUCAGACCUCUGUGGGGGGCUCUGCUGCACUGAAAUGCAGCUCUUCCCAGGGAGCCCCCCGGCCAGUGUACAACUGGGUACACCUUGGAUCUUCCCCUACACCUUCUCCUGGCAGCAUGGUGCAAGAUGAGGUGUCUGGCCAGCUCAUUCUCACCAAUCUCUCCCUGACCAAUUCUGGAACCUACCGCUGUGUGGCCACCAACCAGAUGGGCAGUGCGUCCUGUGAGCUGACCCUCUCUGUGACUGACCCAUCCAAAGGCCGAAUGGCUGGAGCUGUGAUUGGGGUGCUCCUGGGUGUGCUGUUCCUGUCAGUCGCUGUGUUCUGCCUGAUAAAGUUCCAGAAAGAGAGGAGGAAGAAACCCAAGGAGACAUAUGGGGGUAGUGACAUUCGGUGAGCAGGAGGGUUGGGCGGGGGAGGGGUGUCACAGAAAAGGGGAAAAGGAGAAAAAGGCUUGGGUUAUGAGUAGGUGACUUCAGCCCUCAAACUCUGACAUCUUUCAGGUUGUUUGGGGGUAAGGAGUGCUGCUCAGCUCUGGGAUUUGGUGGUGGGGGUGGCAGGUACAGCAAGUGCACUUGGGUGUGAGCAAGGCACAGGGUGGAGGACUUGGUUCACGGCUUCCCUCACCCUCCUCAUACUUAAAAGAAUUUUCAGUUUUUAAGGCCUUUUCAUAUACAUAUAUGAGAGUUGCAUCUGUCCUGAGACUUCAACUGAGUUUAGUUCUGUGUGGGAAAAGCUGCCUUGGUCACCCACGUGAGUGGUCAGUCGUGGGGUCCAAAAGAGGGCUCAGAGCAAUAUUUCACCACGUGUGGUCUUCAGAUUAUCUGGACAAAAAAAUACCAGGGGCUUCUUAAACAUUCAGAUUUUGGCUACUUCCUAUCCCUCCUGAAGCAGUGUGUGUGUGUGUGUG